UUUUGCGCAGUGCAUUCAUUGCCGUCUUGACUAUGCAUUUCAUUUUAAAUGAAUGCUGUUACUUACAACGUGAGCUUUGAUUAAGCUAUGUUUACUAAUUCUAUAUUAUUUUUACGAUCUCGAAGCAUACUUUUUAAAACUAUGUACUGGCCUUGGAUCAGUCCAUCUAUACAUGCAUGUAUAGUCGCAUGUAGGAGAAAGGGAUCAAACUGACCUUAUACCACAUGGUUACAUGUACAAUUAGUUUUUGUUUGUAUUUAGGUUGUAUAUGUUCACUCCAGCACGUUAAUUUAUGAGUAAUAGUUGUGUUACAAUGCACUGGUGAGAAAUUGUUGUUAUUAGCUUAUGCCAGUAUAUUUAUAAUGCCUUUUAUCUGGACAUCAUAUACCAGAUUUAGAAAUUUUUUGCAGGUUUUUCAUCUUUUGGAAAUGGAAGACCAACUUGUGGAGAAUAUGGAGAUAGAUGAAGAUACAUGUAAUUAUAGCUCAAAGGAGGAUGAUGAAGUCAAUGAAUUGAUAAGAGAGAUAUUUGGUGAUGAAGAAUCAUUGGAAGAGGAGCAUGAGGAGGAGUAUGAAGAUGGAAAUGAAAUGUGGAAUGAGACACGAGAAAACUAUGAAGAUGAAUACUCUCUUCUGAGAGAAAGGAGAUUUGUUGUUGGUGAGGGUGCUCUCGUAAGUCUCAUCAAGAGGACAACAUGUGAGCAGUGUGGGGGGCCCAUAGACCCAUCAACAGUUGUCAAGAUACCAGUAGGAGUUAAGUACAAAUUCCUUUGCUGUGUAAGAUUACAUAAUACUCCUUACUGAUAAAAUUCUAAUAUUUGUUGAUCACAUUAACUGAAUUGUCAUACCAAUUUCUUUGAUUUUGUUUGAAUUGAUACAAAAUGUAUCAAUGCACAAUUAAAUAUAGUUGUGGUAUACAAAAGUUUUUU